UUUUUCAUUCAUUCAAUUUUGUUCAUCGAAUGGAACAUGGCGGUGCUAGGCAGGAUGUGCAUAAGUUUUUGAUUUUUGCAUUUAUUAAUGAGUUGCUUGUAUCAGUUAGCUUUCUAAGUAAUUUCUGUCAUAUUUCGUGUGUUGUAAUAUUUGUUAAUGUGUAUAAGCUAAUUCAUCCCCGGAACCUCCUGUCUGGAUUUUCUUAGUUCUGCAAUGAAAAUUAUUAUUCGUUGGUAGUGUAAAAAUAAUUGUGACAAAUAUAUCACUUUACCUCAGUGUGCCGUGGUCGUCAUGGCUACGCUCAUCCAGGAGAAUGGUAUUAAAGAGCUGAGCAAGGGCACACAUGGGGUUGUGGCCAACCGUGGCAUAUCCUCUCAUAGUGUAACAAAUCAUAUGGUGCCUGACCAUGAAUACUGCGAGGCAGGCACGGCCAACGCGGCCCAGAUGCAGUGCGCCGACACCACCGAGCAGGUGGCACCGCCCACCCCCAUCGAAGAGGAGGAAGAUACACCUGAAAUAGAUAUAAUGAUAAACAAUGUUGUGUGCAGUUUUAGUGUUAAGUGCCACCUGAACCUUAGACAGAUAGCAUUAAACGGUGUUAACGUAGAGUUCCGCCGCGAGAACGGCAUGGUAACCAUGAAGCUACGGCGCCCGUACACGACGGCGUCGAUCUGGUCGUCGGGGCGCGUGACGUGCACCGGCGCCACCAGCGAGGACCAGGCCAAGGUGGCGGCGCGCCGCUACGCGCGUGCACUGCAGAAGCUCGGCUUCCAAGUGCGCUUCCGCAAUUUCCGUGUAGUCAAUGUAUUAGGCACCUGUCGGAUGCCCUUUGGUAUAAGGAUCAUAUCUUUUUCCAAGAAAUACAAAGAAGCCGAUUAUGAACCAGAGCUUCAUCCAGGAGUAACCUAUAAGUUAUAUAAUCCUAAAGCCACACUCAAGAUAUUCUCUACGGGAGGUGUGACUAUCACAGCCCGGAGCGUGAGCGACGUGCAGUCGGCGGUGGAGCGCAUCUUCCCGCUGGUGUACGAGUUCCGCAAGCCGCUGACGCCGGCGGACGAGGAGCUGCUGCGGCAGAAGCGCGCGGCGCGUGCCGGCGUGGCCGCGCCCGCGCCGCCGCCCGACGACGAGCGCAUGCACCUGGUGACGCUGUCCGACGACGACAACGACGCCUGGGAAUGACGCGGUGGGGCCGCGCGCGCCUCCGCCGCCCACUGAAGCUCCCGACGCGACGCCCCGUGCGGGAACGAAACGAACUCUAUAUUGGCAUCGAAGCAAUAACUGUCGGUUGUUAGUGCGAUCGCGUGUGACUCGUCGGCGAGCUGUUCGGUUCAUGCCAAAGAUAUUUAUUAGGGGAGGUGCUUCGCGGCCGGUCCGGCUCGCGCGCGGCCGCGACCGCUCGGCUGAACGUUCUGCGAAGCGCCCGCGCUUCUUUACCCUUCGUAUGUACGAUUGUAUCGUUUUUGUGAUGACCUGUGACCUCUUUAGUAUGCGUAGAUGAAGUCGAAUCGUUUACGUUGAAACCAAAAUUGUCAUAAAAUAAAUAAAAAUAUGUUCAAAAUAAAUCUCGAUAACGAUACUCAGUCUCGUUUUUCAUUUGCCGUUAUGAUUGUAGAAUUUGUAGUGAUAAUAGUGUUCAAUAAGAUUUGUUCUAAGAAUGAGAUGACUGAACGUUAGAAAUUAGUGAUUGUAAAUAUGGAAGCUUCGACAUUAUACGUUUCAAUAAAAA